AUGGAGGAGGAUACCGAGUCCGAGGUACAGGCUAGCCAACGACGCAAAACUGCAUUCCGCUUUAAGGGUUGCACGGAUGUUGAGUUGCUGAAGGAGGUCAUACACGUGCAGCCCUACGAAGCACCCCACGGAGAGGUCCGCAAGCGAUGGACGGAAGUAACAGAGCAUCUCCAGCGCCUCUAUGGAGAUGGAAUCACAGUCAACGCCACGCGAAAACGAUCUGAUGACCUGAUUACGGCGUUUCAUGCCAACACUAUGGCCGCGCUCUGCGCAUCUGGGACGGAUGAAGAGUACGAGGAGCGCGAGCAGCUACUCCAGGAUAUCCACGGCUUGGUUGAUGCUGCGUUCAUUCAAAAGCAGACGGACAAGGAAGAAAAGGCAAAACAGAACGAGCGACGCGAAACGAAUGGCGAGAAGAUUCGUGACGCGGCGAUGUCAACCAUGAAAAGGAAGUCGUUAGAGGUGGUCGAAGUUGACGGGUGCGAGGAUGCGCCAUCAAGCAAGAGACAGUGCCGCGGCAGUUCACAGAGGGUGGGGGAGGCGGGUGUAGUUGUUGCUUCUCUGGUCGAGAUGGUGGCCAAAGCCAACGAAGUCAAGGCUGAGGAGGUCCGAGCUCGGCAUGAGAACAACAUGCUUGCCCAAUAA